CGCGAUUAGGGGCUGCUGCGGGGGCCAAUCUCAGCCAGCUCGUCUCUUCCCAGCGGCCUCUGCGGGAGCGGUGGGUGUUGUACACAAUCAUCAUGGCGGCGGCCGGGGCCCCGGAUGGCAUGGAGGAACCUGGCAUGGACACGGAGGCCGAGACCGUGGCCAGCGAGGCGCCCGCGCGGCCCCUCAACUGCGUGGAGACCGAAGCCGCAGCGGGGGCGGCGGCCGAGGACUCCUGCGCGGCGCGAGGCAGCCUGCAGCCGGCCCCGGCCCAGCCCCCCGGGGACCCCGCGGCCCAGGCCUCGGUCAGCAACGGCGAGGACGCGGGCGGCGGCGCGGGCCAGGAGCUGGUGGACCUGAAGAUCAUCUGGAACAAGACCAAGCACGACGUGAAGUUCCCGCUGGACAGCACGGGCUCCGAGCUGAAACAGAAGAUCCACUCGAUCACAGGUCUCCCACCCGCCAUGCAGAAAGUCAUGUAUAAGGGACUCGUCCCUGAGGAUAAGACGUUGAGAGAAAUCAAAGUGACCAGUGGAGCCAAGAUCAUGGUGGUCGGCUCCACGAUCAAUGAUGUGUUAGCUGUGAACACGCCCAAAGACGCAGCGCAGCAAGAUGCCAAGGCCGAAGAGAACAAGAAAGAGCCCCUGUGUAGGCAGAAGCAACACAGGAAAGUCCUGGAUAAAGGAAAACCCGAGGACGUGAUGCCAUCAGUGAAGGGUGCCCAGGAGCGCCUGCCGACGGUCCCCUUGUCCGGCAUGUACAAUAAGUCCGGGGGAAAAGUGAGACUCACCUUUAAGCUGGAGCAAGACCAGCUGUGGAUCGGCACGAAAGAGCGGACUGAGAAAUUGCCCAUGGGCUCCAUUAAAAAUGUGGUCAGUGAACCUAUCGAAGGACACGAAGACUACCACAUGAUGCACCCCUUCCCUUGCCCACACUCCUUCCAGCAAUUACAAGGGGUGCACUUUGUCCUGGCUUUUGGAACUCUCUCUUACCUCCCUCUUAUUUGUAAUACUUUGUUUCUAGACCAGGAAAAUAAAUACAAAGAGGUCCAGCGACUUGGCUUUCCAUGUAGCAUUUUGUCUGGUGUAUCGAAACAGAACCUCCCCUGGCCUUGGCAUCUGGGAGGACACCAGCGUCCCUCCUGGAAUGGCCCAGGCUGUCCUGUCACAUGGCAAGGCCCAUGUGGGGAGGACUGGGUCCCUGGAGCACAUGUCCUGGGUAGGGUCUUCCUGACAGAGCAGGCUCCUUCCUCGAGGCGGGUGGAGGCGUUCUGCCCGUCUGUGCCAAGCAGAGCGGUCCUCCGGGCAGCCAAGGCAGCACCCGCGUCCCCAGCCCUGUCCCCAGUGAAGGCUAGUUACGUCAACUCCCAUGUGGCUAUGUGGACCACGUGACCUGGGCGGUGCGGGCAUGAGCCUGGGGCCGCUGCCCUCCCUCCAACAGGCGGCUUCCUCCGUGUGCACCCGAGUGAGGGAGGGCACCGCGUGAGCCCCGUCCCAGGGAGAAGGAGCAGCCAGUGGUUUGGCCUGUGGGUUCGUCCACAGAGGGAUGUGUGGAAGAUCCCCUUGCUAUAGGGAUAUGGGUCGGAGGAGCUUGGGACGUGAUAGGUUAGACAGCAGGGUCCCUGUCCUGCCCUGUUGCUGUCUGGCCCAAUUCACAGCCUGGCGGUGCUGAGGCAAGGAGGAGGUGGGCCUUCCGGUCAUGGGGCUGCAGGGCUCCUGGGGUCUCCUUGUGGGGGUGGCAGUGACGCCACCAGGGCGUCUUCCCGGCCCUCUGGAGGUCCUUCCACCUGUAGCCUCUCUGUUGUCCUUGUAACAAGGAUGACAGGCAGGUUUGCUUCUGCCUGCUCGCUGACCUGACUCGUUAGUUGCUUUCCGGUUCCGGUUCCGCAGUUGGAGUUUAAUAUUUGUAGCUGGGCCCCUUCGCUCCGUGUUGCCAGUUUGGCCGGGUAAGGUCUGCAGCCCUGGUUGGUUUUGGAGCUGCGUGGUCGGAGUGGAGUGAAGCACUUGGGCCAUCUUGUGGGGAGUCUCUGUGGAUGGGGAACUGCUCGCUGCUGGGUUCAGAGGCUCCAUUCUCCCCGGGCUCACUUCUGGCAGAGGGCGGUUCUAGUGUCCCCCUGCUCGCCUGUGCGCCCCGUUAAGCAGCACCCACACCGUUGUCCAUUGAAAGCCCUCGCUUCCCUCUCUGUGCAGUACCAUUGCUGAGCUAGCUCACAAUUACAAAAGCGUGGCUGUGUGUCCUCCUUUUAGAAGACCAUUUUCAAAACUUCCAAAAAGAAUAGAGAGUGCCCCAACAAACCCAUCUCCAUCCAUCCCUGAGAAAUGCCCACCGUGGAAAUAUUUUGUAACUUUUGAAAAAAUACCCUUGACCAACGGUGGUGAUGUCCUCGUUGUCUGUCUCUCCCUCACCCCUGUCACUGCCACGUGUGCCCGCCCAUCUCCCUGAGCCUUGGUCUACAUGUGUGUCCAUGGGCAAGGCUGAGCGCUGUUUUGUGUUUCCAGUUUUCUAAUGGUGUCAGGCUGUGUGUCAUUAUGCCACUUGGUUUUGUUCGUGCUCCAGAUUGUGACAUGUCCGUGUUCACCGCAGGUGCAUAUGGUUCCAGUCCACAUGUGUGUUUUUUAACAUGCCUGUGUUCAUACAGACAGGCACUUUAAUCGUGCACCCCCCCCUGCUGAUGGCUCUGUCGGUUGCUGUGUUGAGCAUUGAGGCCUGUCUCCUUGGGCGUGGGUGCCAGCUUCUAGGGGGCAGCAGUUCUCAGAACCAACCACUGUGUCACCUGGGCGCCUGCCCCACCCCCGACCUCCCUCAGCAGAAAUCCCACAGCAUGGGCCCAGCCAGUCUGUUUCAAUAGAGGCAAACCUUCCAGACAACUCUGACGCUUCCUCGUCUUGAGAAUCCCUGCUUGGGUCUGGCUGUGCUGAACAAACACCCCCCCCCCCGCCCCCCGCCCUCUGUUGUUGUUGAUGCGGUAGGAGAAUGCUCCCCGGGUGCAGUUUGGUUUUCCAUCCCUUUUGGAGGAUGGGACGUCCCUUCCCAGCCCGCCCCCGUGUAUUUGCUCCACCUGCUUGGUCUCCAGCCUCUGAA